AUGGCGCUUCAUACACUUUACAUCUGUUGCUUUACUAUAUUGCUGGGAGUUGUGAGUGGGGCCUUGACAACCUCGGACUACGGUGACCAGGGAGGAUUGGACUUCUCAAGCCCUGAUACAAAGUCUGUUUCCAGGUCGGGGAACUGUACUGUAGAUCCAGAUUUACUGGGCGGCGAGAUGAUGUGUGACACAUCUGAUGUACAUCCCGACUUCAACGACACCGACGGUGAGACCAAGACAGGGUCGUGCAGCAGGGGGAGUAACAACUGUGCAGAAGCGAAGACUUCACCUGUUUCCAUCAUCACGCAAGGACAUCUCAGUAAAGCACAAUAUGAACUGGGAGGAGACGUAUGUCGCUACCUCGUCUUUCCUCUGUUCUUCAGUGCAGGUCUCCUCAACACAUUCAAUCUGUUGGUGUACACGGACCCCGCCAUGAGGAGUCCCACAAGCACCUACCUGAUAGCUCUCGCCACUGACGAACUACUCUUUGCCUUAUUAUCUUCUGCGAGGCACAUUCUUAGACAAAUAUACGGAACGGACGCUGUCAAGAAGCAAGCAUAUCUAUAUUUUGCUAUGUAUGGAUCAAAUUUCUGUUUGGCGACUCUCCGUGUCCUGAUGUACUGUUUGACUGUUCUGGUGUCCACAGAACGCUUCCUAGCUGUUGCCUUCCCUUUGAAGUGCAGAAAUUUUCGUCUAAUCAAAUCACCAAUUAUCUUCAUAAUAUCCGUGACGAUUGUUUGCUUUUCUUGUCAUUUACCGGGAGCAUUUAAAUACGAUAUCGUUCCCAAACCCAACUCGACAGACUAUACCAUCACUCCGUCGGCGAUGUACAUAAAUAACAGGGACUUCCUCCUUGGUCUUGGAAUGGCCAACAAAGUACUGUACACCUAUAUCGUCCUCGUGUGCGGCCUCAUCAUGAACCUGUGCGUCCUCCUGGCUCUCAGGAUGCACAGCAAGAACAGAGCGAAGAUGAACACGACUGUGGACGCAGAGAAGACGGCAAAGCGAGAGAGACAGACAACAAUCACCAUCCUGACGUCGACCUUCCUCUUCACAGUGCUGGCAAUUCCUCUGGCAACAGAUUCGGUGGUCCAGACAUUUGUGGCUGACUAUAAUAUAUAUAGGAAGGAACAUUAUGUCAACAUGCUGAUGAAAGAAGUCAACGGUUUACUUAUCAUGUUCAGCCUUUCCACCGACUUCGUGUUCUACAUUGCACUGAGUAAGGCCUACCGACGGACCUUCUUCAGACGACUUCCCUUCAUGGCCACGAUUUGCAGACGAAAGAAGUACAAGCGGGAUUCUUCUCUCACCGAACCUCAGACGAAAAUGUCGACCAUCUCUGAGAGUGUAAGCAAUGGUGCGUGA